CUAGGAUACCACAGCAUGUUGUUUGUCCUGGUGACAGUUCUAUCAGGGGUCAUUCUUACAGCAGAAGCCAAGUCCAAGUCUAUUGUGGCCACACUAGAUGCUAAAUGGAGGGACACUCCAUUGUUGCUGGAAGCCAGUGAGUUCCUUGCUCAGGAGAGCAAUGAUGCAUUCUGGAGUUUUGCCAACAAAGUCGCAGACGCUGACCCAGAAAAGAUUACAUCACAAUCGGACCACUCGUACCACCACUACAUCCAGAAGCUGACCCAUGGAGUCCUGUCCGAGGCACAGGUCAAAGUUCUGCGCUUCACGCUGGCUCUGCGGGCCCACUCUCCUACUGUGGAGAUGUUCGCUCAUUUGGUUGAUGACCUGCCAUCUAUCCCAGACUGCCCUGCAUUUGUGGACGUGCACAACCAGAUGACCUGUGACCCCAGCAGGGUUCAGGGUAUGGUGGACACUGCCUCUGGAAGACAAAGACCAUACCUGUACAAGGUAGACCACCAGUACCCAGGCACCUCACCUGAUGUCCCUGUAGUUAUCCUGUACGCAGAGCUGGGCACGCAGGCCUUCAAGGACUUCCACACUGUCCUAAGGGACAUGGCGGACAGGGGAGACAUCAACUAUGUCUUAAGGCACUACAUCAAGGUGCGACCAGACAGGAAGGUGCGUCUGUCUGGCUAUGGAGUGGAGCUGGCCAUCAAGAGUACUGAGUACAAGGCUGUGGACGACAGCAAAGUGCAAGGUGAUGCACCAGGUGUGGAAGUGGAGGUGGAGGGUGAAGAUGAGGUGGAAGGAUUCAUCUUUAAGAAACUCAGACAACUGUAUCCAGACUUGAAAGAGAAGCUAAAGACGUUCCGUUCCUACCUGAUCGAGAGCACCAACGAGAUGGCUCCUCUCAAGGUCUGGCAGAUUCAGGACCUGAGUUUCCAGGCCGCCCAGCGGAUUGUUUCUUCAUCUCCCCAGGAUGCAUUGCGAGUGAUGAGAGACGUCAGUCAGAACUUCCCCACACAGGCCAGGUCCCUUGUAAGAACACAAGUCCAAGAUGAAGUCAGGAAGGAAAUACAAGACAACCAGAAGGUGUUUUCAGAAACCCUAGACAUGGGUGCUGGUGAAUCAGCUCUGCUGAUCAAUGGGCUACAUGUGGACCUGGACAUUGUGGAUCCUUUCCUACUCUUAGACACCAUCAAGAACGAGGUAAAGCUGAUGGAGGGACUGUGGUCACUAGGGAUCAGGGAAGACGACCUGAAGUCGCUGUUGUACCUGCCUGUUGAUUCAGAAGUGGAUAACUACGCCAUAGACAUCAGGGACCAUGCUGUACAUUGGAUCAAUGACCUUGAGAAAGACUACCAGUACAAGAGCUGGCCGUCCAACCUGCAGGAGUUACUGAGGCCCAUGUUCCCGGGCAUGCUCAGGCACAUACGCAAGAACAUGUACCACAUGGUGUUUUUCCUGGACCCUCUGCAGAAGGAGGCAGGAGAACUGGUGAAGCUGGCUGACCUGUUCUACAGGAACCAGGCUCCAGUCAGGAUUGGCCUUGUGUUUGUGGUGAAUGAUGAUAAGGAUGUGGAAGGACAGGACGAUGUGGGCGUAGCCCUGAUCAGGGCUUACAACUUCAUCCAGCAGGACCAGGGCAGCGACAAGGCCUUCCUAUGGCUCAACUCUGUUUACAGCCUGGCCAGAAACAAGGACAGUCUGCUGGAGAUGGACCACAUCAAGGAGAAGUUCCGCAGGAAGUACCCUGGAGACGAUAUCGCUGAUGUCAUCGCUGCUGACACUGACUAUGAUGACAAGAGAAGGGCAGGACGACAGUUCUACCAGAGGACAGGACUGGGUCCACUGCCACAGGUGCUGAUGAAUGGGGUGCCCUUCACAGAGGAAGAGAUUUCUCCUGAGAACUUUGAGGAGUCUGUGGUCAGUAAGAUCCUGGGCAUCACCCCCGAACUACAGCGGGCUGUGUACAUGAGUGAGCUGACCAACUCCAUGAACCUGCUGGAGUGGCUGAUGGACAGGCCUAAUGUCAUGCCCCGCCUCAAUCCCAGGGUGCUUAGCACCAAGAAGAGGACCCUGGACCUCACUACACAGCCUGGUAAAUCUCCCCUUGCAGACUCCGCUGCCUUCUCCAGACUCAGCUCUAACCAGAUGGCAGCCACCCUGGCAAACAACAUGAAGUACCUGACUAAGAAAGAUGAGUCUGUGACCCGCCCCGUGACCAUGUGGGUAGUGUGUGACAUGGAGAGUACAGAGGGAAGGCAGCUGCUCUAUGAUGCCAUCAAACACAUGAAAUCCAGUAACACUGUAAGAAUUGGAGUGCUCCACAACCCGAGCAGUGCUCCCGAGGACGGUUCUCAAACCUUCGCCUGCGCCGUGCAGGCGGCGCUGGACACGCAGACCAUGACCUUGGCGAAAAACUUCAUCACCAAACUGGCCAAGGAGGAGAAUGUACCAUUGGUGCAGGGGGGGAAGCUGGCAGACCUCUACGUCAAUGGUAUGGACACAGCUAAGUUUGAAGCAGCCUUGAAGAAGGACCAGAAGAAACAGACAAGCCUGCUGACCUCCCACUGGACUUUUGUGAAGAACACAUUAAAAGUGAGGCCAGGACAGAGGGCCAUAGUGGCCAAUGGGAUGAUUGUUGGUCCCUUGGACCCCUCAGAGACCUUUGACCCCGAUGACUUUGGCCUGUUGGAGAAGUUUGUCAAGAGCCUGGCAGCUGACAAUGUUGCUCAGAAGAUUAAAGACAUGGAGCUUAACCUGAAGAAUGAUGGUCUGAAUGACCUUGUCAUGAAGGCCUCAGGCCUGCUCAUCGCCAACCAGAGGUCAGACUCCAGAAGGGAGGUCAGCUACAGUUCUGACCAGCACAGUGCUGUGAAGAUCCCAGGUGAUCCCAACGAGGCAGCGUUUGACAUUGUAGCUGUGGUGGACCCAACAACAAGGGACGCUCAGAGACUGGCUCCUAUUCUUAUGGUACUCCAACAAGUGGUGAAUGCCAACCUGAAGGUGUUCAUGAACUCUCGGGACAAACUGUCAGAGAUGCCGCUCAAGAGCUUCUACAGAUAUGUGCUGGAGCCGGAGGUGGGCUUCAUGGUUAACACAAGUUUCAGUCCAGGUCCCAGUGCCAAGUUCGUGGACAUGCCAGACAGCACACUCUUCACGUUGAACAUGAAACCUCCGGAGAGCUGGCUGAUCGAGUCAGUCCGCACGCCAUAUGAUCUGGAUAACAUCCGGUUAGAGGACGUGGUGCCUGGUACAACCAUCAACGCAGAGUAUGAACUGGAGUAUCUGCUGCUGGAAGGUCACUGCUAUGAUGCAAUGUCUGGCCAGCCCCCACGAGGUCUCCAGUUCACCCUGGGAACACACAACACUCCUGUCAUGGUGGACACCAUCGUCAUGGCCAACCUGGGUUACUUCCAGCUGAAGGCGAACCCCGGUGCCUGGCUGCUGCGCAUGCGGGCGGGGCGCUCCGAGGAGAUCUACCAGAUCACGAACCACGACGGCACGGACACGCCUGCAGGGUCAGAGGACGUCACCGUCAUCAUGGACAGCUUCAAGAGCAAGAUCAUCAAGAUCAAGGUAAACAAGAAGCCAGACAAGCUUCAGGAGGACCUGCUGGCAGAUGAAGGGGAGAGUGGGGGAGGGAUCUGGGACUCUAUAUCCAGCUUCACAGGAGGAGGUAAGAAGUCAGGAGAUGAUACAGAUGAGGAGGAUGUCAUCAACAUCUUCUCUGUUGCCUCAGGGCACCUGUACGAGAGGCUGCUCAGGAUUAUGAUGCUGAGUGUUCUGAAACACACCAAGACUCCUGUGAAGUUCUGGUUCCUCAAAAACUACCUCUCUCCUGCAGUCAUGGACUUCUUGCCCCACAUGGCUAAGGAGUACGGUUUCCAGUACGAGCUAGUGCAGUACAAGUGGCCUCGCUGGCUACACCAGCAAACAGAAAAACAGCGUAUCAUCUGGGGCUACAAGAUCUUGUUCCUCGAUGUGCUGUUCCCACUCAGCGUCAAGAAAAUCAUCUUUGUGGACGCAGAUCAGAUUGUUCGUACAGACAUUAAGGAGCUGCGAGACCUUGACCUGGGCGGGGCUCCCUACGGUUACACGCCCUUCUGUGAUAGCAGGAAGGAGAUGAACGGAUUCAGGUUCUGGAAGUCCGGUUACUGGGCGAGUCACCUGGGUGGGCGGAAGUACCACAUCAGUGCUCUGUACGUGGUGGACCUGAAGAAGUUCCGCCGUAUUGCAGCGGGGGAUCGACUACGCGGGCAGUACCAGGGUCUCAGCCAGGAUCCAAACAGUCUCUCUAAUUUGGAUCAGGACCUCCCCAACAACAUGAUUCACCAGGUGGCCAUCAAGUCCCUGCCCCAGGAGUGGCUGUGGUGUGAGACCUGGUGUGACGAUGCUUCAAAAACAACCGCCAAAACUAUCGAUCUGUGCAAUAACCCGCUGACAAAAGAGCCUAAGCUGGAGGCGGCAGUGAGGAUAGUUCCAGAGUGGACAGACUACGAUAACGAGAUAAAGGCUCUACAACAGAGAUUAACAAACGGGGAAAAAUCAGCUUCUUCAAAACCUGGGGGAGAAACAUUACAAGCUGAAGAUUCUCAAAGACAUCAUCACGACGACGAGUUGUGACGAAAGCUGGUCUUCCACAACUCAAGAUAGAGCUUAAGUUUGCUUCUCCCAGACUUAAUGUGACAUCUAGGAGGGAUAUUUAAGAUAUGUUAUAAUAAGAUGUAUGCCACUUGGGGCUGUGUAUCAAUACACUGUGCUGUAUGUAUGUACCUCAAAUUCCACCCAUUAAGACCUUGUGACAUAUUUAUUACCAACAUCUAGUGCAUAGAAACAUCAUGGCCAUGUGUCAACUUUCAUGAAAUUGUCUUGAGAAAAAAUACUUUGUAUGCAUUCCCCUUCGGAUUAUUAAUAGAUAAACUGUCUAACUUGUCUUAAACCCCUUCCUGAUGAGUAAUUGCAUAACCAAUACAAAGUUGGUGCCAAGUGGCUAACCAAGCUGGCUAUAUAGUAAAGAGAUUCAGGCCAAUCUUA